AAGUUAGUCAUGGGUGCAUUGUUUGGGAAAUCUAGCAAAAAGACAGCUCCUAGUCGGAUUACGGACCACGACAAGGCCGUUCUGCAAUUGAAGCAGCAACGGGAUCGUCUGAAACAGUACCAGAAGCGCAUCGAACUGCAGCUCGAAAAUGAUAGACUGCUCGCCAAGAAGUGCCUGCAGCAGGGCAGAAAGGACCGCGCCAAGCUGUUGCUGCGCAAAAAGAAGUAUCAGGAAAGUUUGCUCUCGAACGCCGACAAACAGCUGGACAACUUGGAGAAGUUGGCCGCCGAUUUAGAAUUUGCGCAGGUGGAAAUGAAGGUGCUGGAUGGCUUGAAGCAGGGCAAUGCUGCCUUAAAGAAGGUGCACGACAUGCUCGACAUAAACGAGGUUGAGAAGAUUAUGGACGAAACACGCGAGGGCAUUGAAAAGCAACAGGAGAUUGAUGCCAUACUAACGGAUGUGUUGACCCAACAAGACGAGGACGAUGUGCUCGCCGAGCUCGAUGCGCUGGAGGCUGAAGAGCAGCGAGUACAAUUGCCCGAUGUGCCCAGCGAAGAAUUGCCAGCCACACCAGCUGCAGCAGCAGCGGAUGACCUUGAGGAUGAGGAGGACGAGCAGGAGACAGCUGCAACCAAAACGACCAAAGUAAAGGACAGUGCAAAAAAGGUGCUGGUGGAAGCCUGAAACCAAUGCCAUUUACUUUAUUCAUCGAACUAAGCAUAACCUUUGUAUGUAUGUAAAUCCCAUGUACGUAUGAGUCCUUUGUGAAACACAUAUAUUUUUAUAUAAGAUUAUUUCCAAUCAGACUCGGCA